AUGAAGAAACGACUUAAGCUUGUUUUCAUUUCCCUUUGUGUUGUCGCCCUCAGUUGUCCAGGUAAAUUAUAUGCGAGAGUGAAAGAGAGCCUGAAAGAGAGCCUGAAAGUGAGCCCAAAAGACCCAAUGCAAUCUCAAAUAAAAAUAAGCAAAUACAACUUUGCUUCUUUGAGGAAAAAACUGCACAUAGAAAAUCAAGAACAGGUGAAGGGGAAAUCAGGUGCUGAGACAAACGAACCGAGAAAAGAGAAUGAAGGUAAGGACGAAAAGGAAUUUACCCAUGUUCAAACAAAGACUGGAGAGGAAAAACUCACCAUAGAGAAGGAAUAUGAAAAAUGUAUCAAUAUGAUUGAAAAUGAAUUUAAAGAUAAGAAAGUCAAAGGGGAUUUGAAAAUUAAGGAAGAGCUAGAAAUGUUGUGUUUGAAAAAGAGAGAGGAAGAUGAAGUAGAGGAGAAAAAAUUAGAAAGAGAAAAAUUAAAAAAAGAAAUGGAACUUAAAACGAAUGGCAACGUAAAACUUCAGAGCGACUGGAGGGUGCAAGAGGAACACCGGAAAAAGGAAAUAAUAUCAAAUUUGGGCCUGUCCAACAAUCUUGAUAUUUCGCUAGAAAUUUUGAGUGAAUCCCUAUCAGAGGUAAAAAAUUGUAUGCGCAAUUAUUCAGAAGCGUGUCCGCUAAAUUGGAAAAUAAGUGAAAACAAUAAAAACGUUUGCAAUGCACCCGAUUCGUAUAUAGGUCCCUGUGGAAGACAAAUGAGUAACGAUAUAGAUGUUAGUGAAAAAAUUGAAAAGGAGAAAACGUGUUCCAUAUUUUGGCCAUGUGAUUAUGCAUGCACCCAAGAUUUUGAAAAUUCAGUGUGUCCAUUAGGCUGGGUUAUGGGAAAGAGUGGUGACUAUUGCAUAUCCCCAGAUGGAUACACAGGAAGUUGCUUAAAAAAAAUAAAAUUUAUAAAUAUGAGUAGUAAAGAAAAAUCUAUAUACUCCAAUCUAUGUGACAUUAGAUGGCCAUGUAAACAAAAAUGUACACAUGAUUAUUCUGUUUUAUGCCCCGAUGGGUGGGUAGAAGGAUCUGAUGGAUACUGUUUCGCAACGAGUAACUACAAAGGAAAUUGUGAAAAAAAAAUUUACUUAAAACAUCUCGAUGAUGUCAUGAAACAAAUGUAUGAACACAAAUGCCAAUUCAACUAUCCUUGCAUUAAUUCUUGUGAAAAAAAUUAUGAUGAUAUAUGUCCCAAAUUAUGGAUACCAAUUAAUGAUAAGGAGUGUGCACCCACAGAAUACUACAAUGGAAAUUGUAAAGAUAAUUAUAUUUUCGUGGGUAAAAAUAUGGAAGAAGAAAAAAAGGAAUUUGAGAAAUUCUGUCAUGUAUCUUAUGCAUGUCUUAAAAAAUGUGACAGAGAUUAUUCUUUUAAUUGCCCAAUUGGAUGGGGAGAAACAAUAAGUUUUUGUUUAGCCCCUUCUUCAUACCAAUACAAUUGUGAUAGAAUGAUGAAGAAAAAUAUGAACCAAUGGGAAAAAAUUCAAAUAAGCAAAAAAUGCCUUGUUUUUUGGCCUUGUUCAAACUAUGAAAUACUUUUAAAAAAUUUGUUGCAUAACAAUAUUUCUCCUUCAGAUUAUUUGUCAGUUGUAAAUGGUCCCGUUGAUGAUGCAACGGGAGCAGUGAUACAUCCCUCAUGA